AUGGCGAAAGUACUCAAUCUACCAAAACUACAACCUUUUACCUUGGGGGAAACUUCGACCAUUAGCCAACAGUGGCGAAAAUGGAUCAAGUCAUUCGAAUAUUAUAUUGCUGCCUCGGGAAUCAAUGACAAGAAACAACAACGUGCCAUCCUUCUCCACCUCGCAGGACCUGAAGUUCAAGACAUUUUUGAAACCCUAGAAGACACUGGCAACGAUCUCGACACCGCAAUAGCAAAGUUAACGUCCUACUUCGAGCCACAAAAGAACAUUCCUUUCGAGCGUCACAAUUUUCGACAGACAACACAACUACAAGGAGAAACAAUCGAACAGUUAGCUAUCCGUUUAAAACACCAAGUAAAAUUCUGCAAAUAUGGCAACCCCAACGAUAUGAUCCGUGACCAGAUUAUCGAACAUUGUUCGUCUAGUCGUUUGAGGCGACGAUUACUUUGCGAACCAGAACUUACUCUUGAGAAAACAGUCGAAAUCGGUCGUUCGUUCGAAGCAUCCGAACGGCAAGCCUCGCAAAUAGAAGCAGACAGCUUAAAAACCACCGACCUGGGCGUAAAUGCAAUCCGUUCUAAAGCUGCAUCAUCUCGUUAUCCAACAUCGAUACAAACAGGUCGUUCGAACAUCGUUUGUUAUUGUUGUGGAAAUGCCGGUCACCGAGCUAAAGACCCUCGUUGUCCUGCUGAAGGAAUGUCCUGCAAUAAGUGUCACAAGCUUGGCCAUUUCGCUAGAGUAUGUCGUCAACUGAAACCGACAAACAAGCCUGAAUUUCAGAAUCCUACAUCGAAAAACAAGAAUGAAAUCUACAAGCAAAAUACCGGAAGUCAUGGCGAAAUACGGUAUGUAUACGGCGCUCCACAUCCGGCCACUGGGGAAAGUUCAUCGGACGAUGAGGUAUGUUUUCGAACUUGGUGCCACCGGGAAAAUGCCCCAUGCAACCGUCCAAAUUGGGAACUUCCCAGUUGAUCUCAUCGUUGAUUCAGGCACAACUGUUAAUGUACUUGACAAUGAAACAUUUGCAAAAAUUAAGGCAAACAGCCCGAUCACACUGUCCAAAACAAAUCUCAAAUUAUUUCCAUAUGGAUCAUCAACACCACUGAGUAUUCAAGGUUCGUUUACUGCACAGGUCUCCCAUAAAGAUUUAAUUACGAAUGCCAUUUUCAUCGUUGUUGCAAAUCAAAAUGCUGGUUCACUCUUGGGGCACAAAACUGCAACUGAUCUUGGGUUAUUUCAAGAACAUGAGAACUUCCAUCCAAUUCAGAACAUAUGUAAUGGAGACAACCUGUUCAUGCAAACACUUGUUACCAAGUACCCGCAAGUUUUCAACGGCAUCGGAAAACUCAAAGAUUUGCAACUGCACCUACAUUUUGAUGAGUCGGUACCUCCAGUUGCCCAAGCACCACGUAGAAUUCCUUUCCACAUUCGCAAGGCCGUCCAGACAAAACUCGAUGAACUCGAAACACUUGGCAUCAUCGAACCAGUGAAGGGGCCUAGCCCCUGGGUCUCACCUCUUGUGGCAGUACCAAAGCCUAAUGGCGACAUUCGUGUCUGCGUCGACAUGC